CUCAAGUCAGCUGAACAAUGCAUUUUAUUUAUUUUUCUUUGUAAAAAAGGAAAUUAACUCAUCUUAAUAGAAUCGCUUCGCUGAUCAGUACUGAAAAUGUUAUGUUCUAUAUUUAAAUUGUGAUUAUUACCGUGGUUUGUGCUACUUCAGUGCUUGUAAACCUUUGUUAUUUUUUGUCAUAAAGAUUGCUUUAGGAAUGUUUGGCAGACCUAGGUGUAGGGAAUGGACUCCGCUGGCCACCCAGCAGCUGCGAUUACGUAGCUUAAUACAGAUAGUGGGCUACAACAUAAGACCACCUGAAUGGUGUACUUCUCCGUGCAGCUUCUACCUGACGCUGCAUCACACUACUAUGUCGGCACCGUUCUAUACCAGUGAGAGAAUUUGUUCCCCACAUCCCAAAUGGAAGGAGAUUGACUCAGAAUCGACGCAUCGUAUGUCGUCAACGAAUGUCGUUAUUCGUAUCUGGUGCCACAUAUUGCACCCGAAUGACGAAAAUACGAAACUACCCCAAGAUACUGUUAUACAGACAUGGGGGGUUUACUUCAGUGGUCUCAGGUACAUAGGGGCAAAUCUAGCUUCAAAUUUCACCUCAGACUGUUUCAAAAGCAACACAUUAGUUCUACAAAUGCAUGGUGGUUAUUUCUGCUCAUAUAAAAGUCUCAAACUAGAUGUUAUGCCACCAGAAAAUGAGUUGGAUCCUGGUUCUCUAUCUUCAGACUCAUCUGGUAGGACCAAUUUAUCCAAAAUCAAUUUAGAACCUAAACAUAUAUUGAAUCAUAAGUUAGGUAAAGAAUCGAGGUCCAUUUCUCCUAGUAAGUUUAGUAGGAAGUCGGAUAAGGAGUAUUCGAAAAGUCACAGUCCGGUCGAAAGGGGAUUUCAGCAGAACUUUCCGACUUUGAGGACUUCUGCUAGCUUAAACAUCGGUCAGAGUCAACGAGAUUAUUUUAGGAGAAGAGAGGAAGGUUCGGAAUAUGGUAAAGGCGAUCCAAACGCCUCGAACCAUAUAUACGAACAUUCGCCCGAAAAUUUAGACGUUAAAGAAUACACAUCAAGCGUAAACUGUGAUAAUGUUUGUAAAAACACGACGAAAGAAGAUUUAUCUUGUAACGUAGACUUAAGUGAAACGGCAGAGAGUUAUGAUUUGAGAAAUGAGGCGGACGGGGUCCCGAAAUACAGGUAUAUGGCCCUGAAUUUCCUUAAAUCGGAAAUAAGGCCGAGUUACAACGCGACGAAGUUGCAAAAAUUGCAUUUGCUUCAAUACUCUAUUAAGAAAAGACAGGAAGCUGUGCAGGAAAUUAAGGAGAGGAUAUAUAAGAAGUCUGCAUUGACAAGUGAUGAUUGGCCGUCUCAGGACGAGUCUGGUGAUGUCAGAAUGAAGUUCAAGAGUAAAUCGCAGAGGAAUUUGUUCUCCCCUGACGAUGGGGAUAGUUUGGAUAAAGAUAAGUCUUCGUCACAAACUGAUUUGAGUGUGAAGAAUGGAAGGGUGAAGGAAGACCGGCCUGUGGUGUCCAAUGGGCCGAGGCUUACUCUAAAAUUGAAUGAUCUCUUAUCUUUUAAGUCAAAACCUUCGCCUUUUCAACGAGCAGAACACGUAAGGCUAACAAAACAAUUGGAGAUCUUGAGGUUCAAGCGAAUUAUAUUAUCAGACGAAAGAGAUAGUAAACUGACAAAUAUAAGGAAAUUGAAAGAAAAGCAUGCAAAACUGUUCGAAGAGAAUCAGGAUGUUGGUGAGUGCACAGAACUAAUGCAGAAUUACCACUCGCUUUCCCGUCGCAAUGAUAGCGUGAAAGAGACUCGACAGUCGUGCUCCGCCGUGCGAGAGCUAGCCGCUUCCUCACACCAUUCACUCUCCGCCCACAGGACUGAGCUGCUGAGGCAGUUGCAUCAGAUAUUCUAUAUAGAACAGAGGGACGCAACAACUUGGACUAUAAUCGGGGUACCUCUUCCCGUUUGUGGUGACGAGUCUCCCCGAGGUACGAACCCUAUCUCAGACUCCGUGGCUGCCGGCUUCGCAGCUCAAGCGACCUGCCUAGCCGCUUCGUUGUUACAUCAGCCCUUGAGAUAUAAGAUUACAUUGCUGGGGUCGGCUAGCAAGAUCUUGGAUAUAACGCCCGAUUUGCCUGAUCCGAACAUACCCCUAUUCGCUCGCGGCGGCGACAUAACACUAUUUCGCUACGCAUUAUUUCUGCUCAACAAGUGUAUCGGCCAGCUGGUCGUCGGCCGAGGCUUGCCGCUGAACGAUAUUAGACCGACACUAGCUAAUCUACAGAGGCUGCUUAAUAGUUCUGCUAAUAUGUCGGACACCACAAAAUUGUUUGGCUCAUACCAAUGGCUGGUCGACAGUCAGUGUCCUCGAACUCAGUCGUUAAGAAGUCUCGUCGCCUCCGAGCGCUGCAAGUAUCGACAGUUCAAUAGGUUUAAGGACGCCGUAGACGGCCAAUCCCCGCAGUCGGCUAUGAAUAAAAAGCACAGACAUUCUCGCAGUGUGGGGAGCUAUCAUGAUGAUCAGGAGCUCCCAACACUAGAAGACUCAACUACUUCGAUAAUGGGCAGCGAAUCCAACAUAUACAACAUGAAACUAACACAAGUCGACAACUCGGACUUGACCAAAAGCCUCAAGUCUCACAAUUCUGACUCAGAAAUACUCAGACUGAACGAAAACGAACAAAGUCAGACCAAAGUAGUGUUUACUUUAGGCGAUAAUUCAACUAUCGAUGUUAGCCAGCAACUAGUGAGAUUAUCGACAAAUAAUCAAGAUGAAUUCAUCACAACACUAGUAGGUGAAAAUGUAAAAAAAAUAUGUACGGAAAUUACAGAUUUUUGCUCAGCAGACAAAAUUCAUGAAGGUUUAGACAUUGCUAAGCAUUUAGAAUUAGAUAUAGCAAAAAGUGUUGAAGAUAUCGAUAUAGCGGAAUAUUUAGAGAAAAAAGCAAGUACGGAAGACUCGACUGUUUGUGAUGAAACUUGUGCGGAAGUAGUAGAUGUUAUUGUCAUACCGAGUGCCGAAGCUAUAUUGGAUACAGGGCAGACUAGUAUUUUAGAAGUCGACACUGUUCAAAAUGAUGAUAAAACAGUCUGAAAGAUUUUUCUGAUUGAAAAAAAAAAUGGUUAUUUGAAAUGAAUGGUUCUAUAACCUCAUUAUUUUGAUAUUGUCCUAAAGUGUCAAUCUUGGACUUUCUUGUACAUGAAAAGUCAUAUAAAAGCAAUUUAUAUUGAAAUACUAACUUCGAUAAAUACAUAGAUUUUUCUAUAUUUUGUUGAGGUCCAAGAUUUUGACCAUAUAGAAUAGUGUCAAUCAAACGGGUAUGGAAAUAUUGAAAGAAAUAAAAUCGAUAUUUGAAAAGCCAAAUUUAUGACAGAUUUCGUCCAAAAUCAAGAUUUUUGGGACAUUUUUGUUUUAUUAAAAAUAUAUGGUUGUCAAGUAUGUGAUAGAAUUUCCUAUGCAGAUGACAAUAUUAUAAUGAAUUGAAAAAAUAAUUUCAAUUUUGACCAAUAUGGCGGCCAUGAUGUUUAUGUGAGUAGAUUUUGUAUUGAAAAAUAUUAGUUAAAUACCUUAACUUAUUUUCACAUGGUUAAUUUUGCAAGAUUAUUUUAUUACAUCCCUACUAAUAUUAUAAAUGCGGAAGUAACUGUCUGUCUGUCUGUCUGUUACGCUUUCACGUCUAAACCACUGAACUGAUUUUAAUAAAA